AUGGAUACUCUUUAUGUGCUUAAGGUCAAGUGCCGCGGCGUCCUUCGCCGCAUCUCCUCUCGUCGCGACCCUCCGGCCUUCGACCACGUGGACGGUCAAAUUCGCAAGCUCUUCAAGAUCCCAGCCGACAAGCCAAUCACCGUCACGUACACGGAUUCCGACGGUGACGUCAUAACGGUUUCCACGGACGAGGAUCUUCACGACGCGUUUAUCUACCAGGAGCUCAACCCGCUGCGCCUCGAUCCCAGCAAGCCGUCCGUCCCAGAGAACCCUGACGAGGCGUUUGAGGCGAAAGUCGCGGAGUUUGCAACUGCGGUGGAGAAUCAGAUCCUGAAGGCGCUGGCGUCAGGUGGGCAGCUGGAGCGUAUGCUGGCGCAGUACGGCCCGAUUCUCAAGGACGCGCCUGGGAAGAUUGCGCAGGUUCUGGCGACGGCGCGGCGGAGCGGGCUUGACGUGGUGUUUGAGCCGAUUCUGGAGAUGAACCACCGCCGCCAGCAGCAGCAGCAGCAGCAGCAGCAGCAUGGGGGGUACAGCGGUGGUUGUGGGUCUUCCAAGCCUUCCUCCUCGUCUGCUGCUGCCGCGGCUGCGGAUUCUGCUGUUGCUGCUGCCGCUGCGGAUUCUGCUGCUGCUGCAGCCGCUGCUGAUUCCGCUGCUGCUGCUGCUGACGUAGCUGCUGCGGUUUCGGCUGAUGUUGCCACUGCGACCUCUGCAGUGGCUGCUGCGAUUGCUGCUGCAGCAGACGCACUCGAUCUGAAGCCUAAGGACUCUCCCUCCUCCUCUGCUCCUGCUCCUGCCACUGCUGCUGCUGCUGCUGCUGCUGCUGCUGCUGCUGCUGCCACGGCUCCUUCUGCUGCAGCCGCUGCGUCGGCCUCAGAUUCCGCGAGUGAGAGUGUUAAGGCGGUUCACUACGGCAUCACCUGUGAUGGCUGUGACAUGCGCCCUCUCAAGGGCAAACGUUACCACUCCCUCGUGAAGCAUGACUACGACCUGUGCGAGGCGUGGAGGAGUGAGGCUGCCAAGGCGGUGUAUUACGGCAUCAUCUGUGACGGUUGUGACAAGCGCCCCAUCCAGGGCAAGCGAUACCGCUCCCUCGUGAAGGAUGACUUUGACCUGUGUGAGGCGUGCUACAGCAAGGCGGGGGUGGUGCCGGAGCACUAUGAGUGCAUCGACCGCCCUCUCUUCCGCCCCUCGCGCCUGCAGCACAUGACCGCCCACGCCGCUGCCAUGGCUGGCAUGCCGGGAGCAGGUCGUCCCUUCUUCGCCCCGCGCCCGCACUGCCCCUUCACGCACCACUCCAUGCCGCACGCUUGGGGGCCUGGCGCUCCUUUCAACAAGCACCAGCAUCAUCACCAGCACCCUCACCACCACCCAAACAGCUCUGCUUUCACCGGCAGCUGCAGCGUGGGGGGGUCCGUGGGCGGAGCAGUGGGGGGGUCGGUGGGGCAGUUGCAGUAUGGCAGGGCGCAUGGGAGGCUGUUGGACGCGCGGUUUGUGAGGGACGUGAGUGUGCAUGACGGCAAGGAGAUGGCGCCCCUGACGAGGUUCACCAAGAUCUGGCGCCUGCGCAACAGCGGCAGCGUGCCGUGGCCCUGCGACCUGCAGGUCAUUCACGCAGGAGGGGACCUGCUCUCAGAGACCACCACCGUGCCCCUUGAGUUGCCACGUGGGGGCGUGUACCCUGAACAGGAGGUUGAUGUGGCGGUGGACAUGGCAGCACCUGCCCGCCCCGGGCGCUACAUGUCUCACUGGCGCCUGCUGGCCCCUGGAGGCCCCAAGUUCGGCCACCGCUUCUGGGCCCAGAUCCAGGUCGUGGAGGCCAGUGCAAUGGAUGAAGAGCCGGCGCCUCUCCUUGCUGCUGCCCCUGCUGCCGUUCCUGCUGCUGCCUCUGCGCCUCCUGUGCCUGCUGCUGCUGCCGAGUACGAGUCUCCCUCUCUGCCUGAAGCCGUUUGUGUGAAGGCCAGCCCGAGUACGGACGCAGAGAACGUACUAGCUGAUGCUACUCCAGUGGAAGAUGCUGCUGCUGGUGCUGCUGUUGUGGAGCAGGCAGGUGCUGAGGAGGCUGUGGAGGAGAGUGGUGUGGUAUCUGUCGCGGAAGUAGCAGAGGAGAAGGAGGAGGCUGGGAGUGCUCAGGAGGAGCUGGAGGAGGAGAAGGUUGAAGUUGCUGUGCAGGCCAGUGAGGUGGUUGAGGAGGAGGAAGUCAAGGAGGUGAAGGAGGAAGUGACGGCGGAGGAAGAUGAGAAGCCGGAGGAGGAGAUGCAGGAAGAGGAGAAGCAGGAUGAGCAGGAGUGGGAGGAUCCGAUCAUCACUGCGAUCCGCAACGCUGCGGAUAACAUCGGGUCGGCAGCCGCUGGUGCUGCUGCUGCUGCUGCCGAGUCUGAUGUUGGUACAGCCAUGGCUGCUGUUGGCGACGUGGUGAUUGACGUCGCCCCUGCCUCUGCUGAACCUGUUGUGCCUGCGCCUGCUGCUGCUGCUGCUCCUGCUGCAGAGGGUGCUGCAACUGCUGCUGCUGCUGCUGCUGAGGAGGACUGGACUGACCUGCAAAUUCCGUCCCCUGCAGACGACACCACUAGCACCACCAGCAGCACCACCACUGAUGCUACCACCUCGGAGACUAUCCCCCCGGCUCUCACCGCUUCAGACGUGUCUUCCACUCUCCUGCCGCCCCUUGUCUUGUCCUCCUCGGAUGCUUCUUCAUCUGUCAGCACCCCUAGGGCUGAGGACACUGCUGUCGGCAGCUUCUCUCUCGUGAAUGUGUCCUACCCCUCUAUUGCCUCAAUUGCCUGCGUUGCGCCUGUUCCCGCUUCUCCUGCGCCCGGCCAGUCCCUGUAUCCCUCAGUUGAGAGCAUCGGGGUUUUGGUGCAAGGGUCUGCUCCUCCUGCUGCUGAGGCUGCUGCUGGCGCUGCUGCUGGUGCAGUGACAGCGGAUCUGCUGACAGGGGAUGACUAUGUGAACGUGUCUCCACCUUUUACUGCUGCGCCUGCUGCCAUGCCGUCGCCUGCGAGCUUCCUGGAUGAGGAAGAGGAGAUUGAGAUGGAGACCCCGCCUCUCAUCGUCAACUCGUCCGCACCCGCUGCUGCCGCUCCUGCUGCUCCUGUGGAGGUUCUUUCUGCUCCAGCUGUUUCGUCUGCCCCGUCUGCACCUGCUGUGCCUUAUGGGGGGAGGUACAGCAGCCAGGUGCAGCAGCUGGUGGAGAUGGGGUUCCCCUAUCCUGCUCUGAAUGGGGAGCUGCUGGAGUUUACCAAUGGGAACAUGGACGAGGUGGUAACCAUGCUUGUGAAGGUUACGACUGAGUGGCAGGAGAAGAUGGACGAGCUGGAAGACAUGGAUUUCACGGACAAGGAGCUUAACAUGCGUCUGCUGCUGAAGCAUGAUGGCAGCUACAAGCGCACUGUGUGCGAGCUGGUGGCCCUGGACAAGGCCAGCAGGAAGGCCGGCAGGGCGGAGCGUGCGUAA